AUGCAGCGUGUUUCGAAGAAGGUUUUAAUAGAUGAUAUGAUGAGCUGGAAGGAGAGGAUUGUGUUUAGCAGCGGUUCUCAAAGUACUGCUUUGGGAAGCGGUGCCCACCCCGCCUUACCCGUCCUGGUCGUCUCAAGGCCCGUCACUCAAGUCAUCGAAACAGGCGAGGAAGGAAGCCAGUUCCUGUACCGCAUCACGUGGCCCAGGACAGGGCAGGCAAAGAAUACUGCACCGACCCAGCCUCUAUAUGAUUCGGAUAAAAAGAAUGAUGUUUUACGAAUGGAGUCGACCGUCACUCUGGAUGCCAGCGUGGAAGAAAAUGACGACUACAAUCCCUUUGAGCACAGAAAAGUUACACAUCCAACAUCGACUUCAGGUGCCUUUUUCCACUUAUUAAAGUCAUCGCUAGGAACAGGACUGCUUGCGAUGCCAGCUGCCUUCAAGCACACGGGAUUGAUACCAGGCUGCAUCGGGACGUUUCUAGUAGCUGUAAUUGCAGCUCAUUGCGUUCAUAUAUUGGUACAAACUUCAAGGGAUAUAUGCAAGGAACGCCGUGUAGGAUCCUUGAGCUAUACCGACACUUGUGUGAAGGUCUUCAAACAUGGACCGAAAAAUUUGAGACCGUAUACGGAAUUCGUCAGGCACUUUGUAGAUUACGCGAUGGCUGGAGUCUGCCUUGGUGGCACAAGUGUCUACGUUAUUUUUAUCGCUGCUUCCUUGAAAAAUAUUUUCGACUACUUCUGCCCAUCUCACGUUCUUCCAGUCGAAGUCUACUGUGCAAUUCUCAUGUUACCAUUAAUCGUGUUUACCCAAGUGCGACAUCUCAAAUUUCUCGUCCCUUUCUCAAUGCUAGCUAACAUUUGCCUUCUUUUAACAUUUGCUAUCACCUGUUAUUAUACCUUCGUUGAUAUUCCGGAUACGUCAGAUAAGGAGUUGGUGACAAAUGUAAUGGAGUGGCCUCUAUUUUUAAGCACAGCAAUAUUUGCAAUGGAAGGCAUUAAUGUUGUAAUGCCCGUUGAGAAUGAAAUGGCAAAUCCUAAACAUUUCUUGGGCUGCCCUGGAGUCCUCAACAUAACGAUGUGUCUUGUUGCCGGUCUCUACUCUGUGGUCGGACUAUUUGGGUAUUUGAAGUAUGGAAACGAUGUACUUGGAAGCAUAACCUUGAACCUGCCAGAAGAUGAAGUAUUAGCACUAGCAGCAAAAAUUCUUGUUGCUGUAGCAGUUUUCUUCACAUAUUUUCUACAAAUGUAUGCGCCAAUGGAUAUAUUGUGGACAAGACUAAAGAGCAAAAUAAGUCAGAGGUUCCAAAAUGGAGGACAGAUUUUGAUGAGAUCUUUAAGUGUUGUGCUCACUGUAAUUUUGGCAGUAGCUGUACCAGACUUGGAAAUGCUUAUUGGGCUAGUGGGUGCCAUUUUCUUUUCAACUCUUGGCCUUUUCAUACCAGUUAUUGUGCAAACUGUGCACAAGUGGGAUAGAGGUCUAGGAAAGUGUAACUAUAUUCUAUGGAAAAAUAUUUUUCUUAUUAUAUUUUACUUGAUAGUAUUAAUAUCUGGAUGUUACUCGUCAGUAACGGAACUUAUUACGCGGUUUUCUUGAAUUUUAUAAGAAUCUAUAGUAUAAUUAUUUAAAUAUGUAUUUACAUGAUUAAUAAAAAAUUUUAAUAA